UGGCUACAGCCAAACUAAGCUUGAAGCUUGAGCUUGGACGCUAAGCGUCACUGCUCACACCACCAACACCACCCACCUCUCCGCCUCUUUCUGCUUCCCGCCCCCGCUCCUCCAAGCUUUCGUCGUCAUCGCCACAAGGCAGCCAAAAAAGCUCGGCCGUAGUCCCUCCGCCUCUUGCCCCACCCGAAACUCAAGGACGCCUAAACACCGCCCCCUACAAUCCUCCAACCUCAAUCUAUCCUCAAACCUCAUCCCAUCCCGCCCGACGCCCCCCUCGCGGAUGUGGUGAUAGUCUCUCUGCUAUCGCCUCCCUCAAGCUCGGGUCUCCCAGCCAUGCCUACCUUAUUCAGGGUCAAGGCCCUCUUUGAAUACACUUCCCCUCACGAGGAUGACCUCAGCUUUCCCGUCGACCAAAUUAUCGCCGUUACCGAACAGGAUGAUGAUGACUGGUACGGCGGUGAGUAUCUAGACGACGACGGCGUCAAGCACGAAGGCAUCUUCCCCAGAAACUUUGUCGAAAAGUACGAGCCCGCCGCCCCUCCUCGACCAUCCCGCGCUCGAAACAGAAAAUCCGAUGUCCCUCAGCAAGAACCUGAACAAGAGCCGGCUCCAGUCCCCAAGGCCGUCUCUAAGCCUCCCCCGCCUCCGGCCGCCGAACCCGAACCUGUUCCCGAACCCGAAGAAGCUGCUGAGCCAGAGCCAGAGGAGGAAGAUGAAGAGGAAGAGCCAGAAGCGGAGGAGCCCGCACCCGUACCAGUAGCUACCAGAGCUGUCCCUCCUCCUCCUCAGUCAACAUCGCCAAAGGUUGUCCCUACACCCACACCCGCCCCUGCUGGGGCUAAGCCGAAGGCUGCUGCCCCGCCACCUGCUCCAGAGAAGCCUACUAGCAACUCCUUCAAGGAUCGAAUUGCUGCUUUCAAUCGACCCGAUGCUGCCCCCGUGGCGCCUUUCAAACCUGGUCGAUUGACCGGAACAGAUAGCUUUGUCAAGAAGCCAUUUGUGCCUCCUCCACCAAGCAGAGACGCCUACGUUCCCGUCGUCAAGGAAAAGCCAGCUCCUAAGAUUUACCGUCGCGAGGAAGAUCCGGAAAUCAGAAAGCAAGAGGAUGAGAACUUGGCGCAGGCAGAGAAGGCUGGUCUUGUGCCGACUGAAGCUGGUAACCAAGGUGCUGCCGAGGAAGACGACGACCAGCCCAAGCCAACCAGCUUAAAGGAGCGCAUUGCUCUCUUGCAAAAGCAGCAGCAAGAACAAGCUGCUCGACAUGCCGAAGCCGCGGCCAAGAAGCCCAAGAAACCACCCGUCAAGAAGCGAGCCGAAGCUCCUCCAGUCCCUGCUGUCCCCACCGCCGAUGAAGAGGCAGCUGGCCAAGCUUCGGAAGGUUCACCUUUGCAACGCACAACUACUGGUAGCACCAUCGGUCGCGCAUCUCUAGACGAGGCAUUGCCUACUAGAUCCGCGCCUCCACCUCGACCAAAGGCGGCCCGAGACAUCGCCGAACCCGUUCAUGACGGUAACGAGGCUGACAUGUCUGGCGCUGGUGACACAACCGAAGGCCAGGAUGACGUGUCGGAAAGAGAAGAGCAAGAAGAAGCCCAGAAGCCCUUGGCUAGAGUAACAACCGGCUCAUCCGCGAUUUCACAGCGACAAUCUAGACCUCCGCCUCCAGCGGCACCACCUGCUGCACCUCCCGCCGAAGCCGAACAGGAGGCUGAAGAGGACGACGAACAAGGUGCAGAGGAGGAAGAAGAGGAGGAGGAAGUAGAAGAAGACGAUGUUGAUCCCGAAGUGCGAAGAAAGGAAGAGCUCCGCGCUCGCAUGGCCAAAAUGAGUGGUGGCAUGGGUAUGCAUGGCAUGUUCGGAGCGAUCCCUCCCGUAGCUCCAGUUCCGAAGAAGAAAACUCCCAAGACAGAGCGAGCCCCAGUUGUGGAAGAGCAAGACGAACCAGAACCAGUAACUAGAGCCGCCCCACCAGUUCCUACACCUAUGGCAAUGGCUCUUCCUGGAAUGGGUGCUCCCCCACGACCGCCUACUGGCGCCGCCGAAGACGAAGACGAUGAAGAUGACGAGCCGGCUAGCCGAGAUGCCCCCAGAGCAGUUCCACCAGUGCCCCCAGUUCCCUCUCGCAGUACAAAGGAUGCCGAGGACGACGAGGUUGAAGAAGAAGAGGCGCUUACACCAGUGGUCACUGGAACUACGGGUGCUCCUCCUCCAAUCCCUUCCGCCCGACCAGCUCCUCCUCCGCCAGUUCCUGGUUCUGCCAUCAAGUCCACCACAGAAGGAUCUCAAUCCGAUGACGAGCUCUCUGGUGAGGCGCUGGAGCGUCGCGUGUCUGCCGCUACUAGAUCUCCUCCCCUGCCUCCUCACUCUCCUACUAUGCCUAUGAAGUCGCCUCCUCUAUCUCCCCGUCAAGAUGACGGAGCCUCUAAGAGAAACAGCCGACCUCCACCCCCAAUCCCUGGGGCUGCUGCCCCUCCUCCGCCUCCUCCGGCUUCUAGCAGACCACCACCCCCUCCACCACCUGGCGCACCUGACGAGGAAGAGGAGGAAGAAUAUGAGGGUGACUACGAUACUGAUAUUGCCUCGUCUGUUCCCCACAAAGAUGCUCUCAAGGCUCACGCAGGAGAAUCAGAUGCCGACGAUACGACGCUCCAAUCACCCGCGAUCGAACAGCCCGCAGCAAUGCCACCGCCUCUACCUCCAACCUCGCCGCCCCGUGCAGCUCCUCCGCCUCGCCCUCAAGCUGCAGCUCCGCCGAGACAGGCAUCAGUUGAGCUCCCUCGUGCGGCCCCGCCUCCUCCUCCUCCUGGUCCUCCUACUGUGGAGGAGCCUCCUGCUGCUGCUGCCCCCCCUGUGCCCCAGAGCCCAGCAAUGUUUGCCAGUCAAACGCCCACUAUUGGAGAAGAGGGAUACUUCCCUGGUCCCAGUCCUUCUCUCGGCCCAUCAGAGCCCCGCCGGUCAUCGACAAUUGUAUCAGGAGCUAGAGGCGCCCCGAGACAGUCUGGUGAGGUUGCACGCUCAAACACAACUCGCCGCUCUGUAGAUGCCCACCGCCCACCAGCCGACUCUGGGUUCAUAGCCAAUGAUAUUGACUUGGCUCUGCACAGCGGCUGGUGGAAGCAGUCCAACCAGCUACCUCCGGCUCUCCAGGGCCGCCGCGACAUAUUUUUCGAAUCAGAGGAGUCCACCACAACAAACCAAGGAUCCAAGACGCAGGUAACUCGCGACAUCUUUGUCCUGUACCAGGACUACUCUCAAACAAUCCUGAAAGUGCACUACGACCCUUAUGACCCCAACGAUGUCGAGGUAGACCAACAUCACGAACCGCCACCACGACCUCUGCGCCAGGACGAAAUGGAGGAAUUCUAUGACCGAUUCGGCCGUCAGCUCUCCGAAGCUGCCACCUCCAAGAAGGAUUCUAUUGUUGCUGACGGCACACCGAUGGGUCUCGUCCUAGAGCUGCUGAAGCCCUUGAACGGCGCUCUGGCCCCCAUUGGUACACGUGCGUUUGGUGCGCUCGUCUACGCCAACAUGGCCAACGCCUCGACUCAGCAAAACGACGUGAUCCGCCCUGGCGAUAUCAUCUCGGUGCGCAAUGCCAAAUUCCAAGGAAAGCACGGCGCGAUGCACGCCAAGUACACAGCGGAGGUUGGCAAGCCUGACCACGUAGGCAUUGUAGCUGAAUGGGACGGCACGAAGAAGAAGGUCCGCGUCUGGGAACAGGGUCGCGAGAAUAAAAAGGUCAAGCAGGAGAGCUUCAAGCUAGAUGACUUGCGCAGCGGCGAGGUCAAGAUUUGGCGCGUAGUACCGCGCAGCUGGGUUGGAUGGAACAGCCAGUCCUAGUGGAGCUGGAUACGGGAUCAGAUGCCGGUGUCGAUGUCGACAGACGAGUCGCCGCGGCUGAAUGUGUGGAUAUCGCAGUACGGCGCGGAUGGAAGCAGUGUGUGCGACAAGGCUGUGUGGUCGACAUGAUGUUUAUGGCUGGCUUUUGAGUAUACUCUUGUUCCUCUUCGCAUUACCCGUUGUGUUUCUCUCUUUCUCCUUUCUUGUGUUUUAGAACGACGCUGCAUUGCGGAGCAUUUCUUCCCUUUUUUUUACACCACGGUCUUGAGCCGCCAUGGACUAGACUAAUAAUAUUACAUGACGCUUGGUAUUAACG